UGAUGGCGGCGCCUGUGCCGCUGUCGGUGAAGAUGUCACCCUCAACUUUACUGGGAUUAAAGUUGGUUUUCACCAAACAGGUUCUUUCUAAAAAGCUGCUACGGUCCCUGACAGAGCUCUGUGUGCGAGGUUGCUCGGUACCGGCCGGCCAGGCGGCGGAGGAGAGCGGGUCCAGUGGGUUCAGCGGACCUCUGGACCAGUACGAGGGGCUGAUCCGGGACGGAGGCCUGCGGGAGGACGGACACCAGCGGGCGGUUCUGCAGAACCUGGACCAGCUGCACAAAACCCUGCGAGGAUACAGCAACGCGCCCGCGUCCAUCUUCUCCAGGUUUUUCACGAAACCCAAGGCUCCGAAAGGCUUCUACAUCUACGGAGAUGUGGGUACAGGGAAAACGAUGGUGAUGGACAUGUUUUACUCUCACGUGGAGACGGAGAAGAAGAAGAGGGUUCAUUUUCACGGGUUCAUGCUGGACGUCCACAAAAGGAUCCAUCGGCUGAAACAGAGUUUGCCCAAAAGGAAAGCAGGAAAAAUGGCCAAAUCCUACGACCCCAUUGCUCCGGUUGCCGAGGAGAUCAGCGAGGAGGCCUCUCUGCUUUGCUUCGACGAGUUUCAGGUCACCGAUAUCGCCGACGCCAUGAUCCUCAAGCAGCUCUUCGAAAAUCUGUUUCGGAACGGCGUCGUCGUCGUGGCAACGUCAAAUCGCCCCCCCGAAGACUUGUACAAAAACGGGCUGCAGAGAGUCAACUUCGUGCCGUUCAUCGCCGUGUUGCAGAAAUAUUGCCAAACGCUCCGUCUGGAUUCGGGGAUCGACUACCGCAAACAGAACCGACCGUCCGCCGGGAGAAUCUACUUCCUCUCCAGUGAAGCCGACGCCGAGGCCACGCUGGACCAGAUGUUUGACGAGCUGGCCUUCAAACAGAACGACAUAACGCGGCCGAGGGUUUUAAACGUCAACAACAGGAAGGUGCCCAUGAGCAAAGCCUGCGGGACCAUCGUGGACUGCACCUUCGAGGAGCUUUGUGACCGGCCUCUCGGAGCCAGCGACUACCUGGAGAUCUCCCGGCUGUUCGAUACCGUCUUCAUCCGGCACGUCCCCCAGCUGACGCUCAACAAGAAGACCCAGGCCCGGCGGCUCAUCACGCUGGUGGACGCUCUCUACGACCACAAGGUCCGGGUGGUGGUUCUGGCCGACCAGCCUCUGGAAGACGUCUUCCUCCUGGACGGGGACCACGGCCACGACGAGGGACACAUGCUGAUGGACGACCUGGGCCUGAAGAGGGAAGAAGCCAGCAGUCUCUCCAUCUUCAGCGGAGAGGAGGAGAAGUUUGCCUUCCAGAGGACGAUCUCUCGACUCACGGAGAUGCAGUCGGAGGAAUACUGGCUGGAGGGGGACCGGAGCCUGAAGCCCGCUGGAACAGCCGGAACCACCUGAACCGGCGGCCACACUCCUCCGUAACCAUAUUUAUCGGUGUCCUUCUUAUUUGACUGCAACGUUGCACUUUAAGGAAGUUGGGGUCCAAGUUUUUAGACUUUCUGCUCCGAGGGGAAAUCCGCUGGACGAGGACUUUUAAGGACGUUUUAAUCUGCUUUGAGAAGGGAACUGUAAAUGAUUUUAACUAUUUAAAUACAUUAGCGGCACUGUUAACUUCUUGAUUUGAGUUGCAGCCACUCACGUACGGAAGAGUAUUAAGGCCAGGCAGGAGUAAAAUAAAAAUAUUUUAUAGGAGGAAGAUUUUUUUUUCAUUAUGCACUUCGAGAAAAAAGUGGAAAUGUCGAGAUUAAUGUUGAAGUACAAUUUCGAGAAAAAAGUCAAAAUGUUGAGAAAAAGUCAAAAUUUUGUUAAUAAAGAUGAAAUGUUGAGAAAAAAGGCGAAAUUUUGACUUUAUUCUUGAAAUUGAAUUUCAACAUAUAUCUCGACAUUUCGACUUUAUUCUUGAAAUUGAAUUUCAACAUAUAUCUCAACAUUUUGACUUUUUUCUCUAAAUGCACAAUAAAAAAAAAAAAUUCCCCUCAAAUAUAUUUUUCUCCGGCAUGGACCUAAAAAGUCAAAAUAUCGAGAAUAAAGUUAGUACAAUUUCGAGAAAAAAGUCGAAAUGUUGAGAAAAAAGGCGAAAUUUUGACUUUAUUCUUGAAAUUGAAUUUCAACAUAUAUCUCGACAUUUCGACUUUUUUCUCGAAAUGCACAAUAAAAAAAAAUAAAAUUCCCCUCUCAAAUAUAUUUUUCUCCUGCAUGGCCCUGAUACUCUUCCGUAGCUCACGACUACAUUCAUCACCUGUUUUUAUUUUCUCGAUGCAAAAGGAAACUCAGACGUGUCUGUAUCAGUACAUUUCUACUUCCUCUCACUUCCCUCGAUGCUUCUGUUAAAACGGUUGCAGGUUUGAUUCCUGAAACUGGUUCAAACGAGCUUCAGAAGCAAAGAAUGGAAUGCGUAGGAAGAGAAAGUGGAAGAAAAACAACCCACUUUUCAAGUUUCAUGUCCUGUACAAACAACGACACUAACAGAUGGUCGGAAAUGUUGCAGAAAGUAAAAAAUACAAAUGAGAGAAAUCAAAUAAACGGUUUGAGUCGUCUCUGCAACACCUGAAGGACCAGAAGUUUGCACCUGAACAGGUGAGUUUUCCCAGACCAGUUACCGGUAUAAUUAGGUCCUUAAAAAGUCUUAAAAAGUCUUAAAUUCAAUUUUUGCUAAAAUAAGGCCUUAAUAUGUCUUAAUUUGUCUUAAUUCGCAAUCCAAGGGUCUCAAUUUUGGAGGGAAUGUAUCCAGUCGUCAUCAAACAGUUUAUUUCAUCGUUUUGAGGAAAAUCUCCGGCGGAGGGUCUAAAUCUGUGUUGCCAGGUUGGGCAAGUUUCAGCCGAAAUAUAUAUAUUUGGACUGCUUUUUACUAAAUAUUUAGGAGAAAUUAUUAACAAAAAAGUUUCCAUUAUGGCAGAGAAAAGUAGAAACUUGCAUAAUAAACUGAUAUUUUGUUUGAUUUAAUCUACUCAAUUUAAUUGUAGUCUUUGUUUGGAGCUUGACCUGUUUUUGGGCUAUUUAGUGGUUUUGUGAAGCUUGAAAUUUAUUACGCAUUCAAUAAUUCAGGGUUUUAACAUAGUGAAUGUAUGAUUUGGGCUUGUUUUUCAUUAUUUCGGCGGGUUUUACGUCACAUUUGGGCUGGAACCUGUCAGAUCUGGCAACCUGGACCUCAGCGCUGGAUUUCUUAGUUACUUGUCUUUUUGGUCUUAAACGGGUGGGCAAUCCUGGUCCUAGAGGGCCGGUGUCCUGCAUGUUUUAGAUGUUUCCCUGCUUUAACACACCUGAUUCUAAUUAAUCAUCGUCAUCAGCAUGUCAUCCAGGGCUGCACAAUUCUGUUAAUGACGUCACUUGUAUCAUGGUGCAAUGAAGCAGGAAACAUGUAAAACCUGCAGGGACACCAGCCCUCGAGGACCAGGACUGCCCACCCCUGGUCUUAAAUUUAGUUUGAAAAUGGUAUUAAAAAGUCUUAGAUUUACCUCCAUCAAACCUGUAGACGCCCUGAUAACCUUCCUGUCCGCAAACUUAUCCAUUUAUGCUCUGAGAUGAUGUAUUUGGACCUAAUCUGGGGUACCAGGGGCACAUUCGGUUCAGUGACCUCAUAUACCCCUUUUCCACCAAACCAGUUCCAGGGCUGGUUCUGGUUCUGGGCCAGUGCUGAGUUUGGAACCAGGUUUUCUGUUUCCACUGACAAAGAACUGUCUCUGGGCCAGAAGAACCGGUUCCAAGCUAGCACCAACUCUUUGCUGGUCUAGAGGAAAGAACCGCUUACGUAAGGGGAGGGGGGGGAGUUAUUAAGACCAACGGCAACAGCAAGACUGGGAGACGGAGACAUUUUCAGAUAAGAAUGAAUCUGGAUGCAGCAAAGCAUCAUGGGAGGAGGAGACAACCUGUCUUUUAGAGACGUGUCCACGGAGGAGCUACGUGGACCAGGUCCUGUUAGAGCAGAUACCUGGUUGUUGCUGCAACUUUCAGGCAGCAACGUAACUGACAUUUGCACCGACGUAAAUGACGUUUGCAGUGACGUUAUGACGUGACUCCCCUUAGCACACAAGCUGUGGAAAAACAAACCGGUUCUCAGCUGGUUCCCAAGUUGAAGGAGUUGUGAACUGGAACCAGCACCAGCUCUGGAACCGGUUUGGUGGAAAAGGGGUAUGAGUGCUUCUUAGACUUUGUGAGACAGAACUGUUAGAUAGACAGUCCUGCAACGCCAGUUCCCAGCGAGGACUGCUCAGAGGUUCGGUCCAAACCCGGCCCAUAUCUGCAGUUUCCUUUGGCCCACAUUUGGUUUUUGACCCUAGGGGAGUGUGGCUGCCUAAAACAUGGCCCAAAUUCUUCAGUUUCUUCGGUCCUUUUGGGCCGUACCUGGUCCUGGAAACACUAUUUUUAUGAAAGUGAAAUUAAAACUGAAUUUAAAGGGGACCUAUUAUGAAAACCACGUUUUCUCUUGCUUUAACAUUUAUAAAGUGGUCUCCCCUCAGCCUGCCAACUCAGAGAAGGAAGAAAGCAACCAAAUUCUGCAGUGUCUGUACAGCCGCCCGGAUGAGCCGUCCAGUGUGAUGAGGAUCUACGAGCCAAUAAGAUUCUGCUCCCGUCGUUACGUAACGAAAAUGCGAUUUACAUCGGUUGGUCUCCGAUGCGUGAAACCACGUCCACAACUAACUCCACCGGCCGGUGUUCUGCCAAUUUCUGCUGCUUUGCCAAAAAAUGCUUAUGGUUUUCUACCUUUGUAGAGCUACAAUUUUACUGUGUUUUACUCCCUAAACACUUCUUUUUCCCCCAAGUGGUCCUUGUCUCUUGCCAGGCCGUCAUUGUAAAUAAGAAUGUGUUCUUAAUAAAUGACCUGCCCGGUUAAAUAAAGGCCAAUGACUGAAUGAAUAUCAAAUAAAGCGAUAGAAUAGGUUUUUUUUUCUCUUUAUUGUAUAAUGUUCACAAAGUGUAAUGCAAUUCAUGGCAUGUGUAGUGUAUUUUGAAGGAUCAACAUCCCAAAUUAUCCAUUUUACAUCGUACAAGAAAUCAUGAACGUGCCAAUCAAACUUUGAAAAUCCACUGUGCGCGUGCGCAGAACCACAAAGUAGCAUUUCUCGACAGGUAGCAAGGAUUGGCAGAACACCGGCCGGAGAUUCCGCCAUUUUUUCGUAGCGGUGUAUCGCGUCAUUCAGGCAGCCAAUCAGCACAGAGCCUCAUUAUCAGUGACUGCAUUUCCAUGCAUCAAUAACCCUUUUAAAACCUGAAUAUUAGCAAUAACCUGAAUUUGCACAGCCAUGUAAACACCAAUAACCCCUUUGAAUAACCCGAAUUUGCUCCUGGGUUGCUCCUUUUAAAACCUGAAUAUUCAGUUAUGUAAACGCCAAACGGAAUAUCCCCAUCAAACGGAACAGGAAUUUGUUUUCUGCUCAUGUUUUUUUCGCAAGGAAUCCUGGUCUUUUGAGUCCAGGAAGUUCUUAUAAACACGGAGAAACACAAGACCAGGAGGAGACUAAUCACUUCAUAAAUGUAAUGAAGGAUAUGAACAUUUCUGCAUUUGUAGACGGUAGAAAGUACCGGGAUAGAAGAUUUACAAGAAGUUGAGAGAAAAGUUGCGUGAAGCAGCAUUUGUUUUGAAUUUGGAUACAGGAAGAAGAAGCAGAAAUGACGGGAAUUGCGUCAUGAUGUUCUCCGUGCGUCGCUGGUUUGAUCCAGAUAUCCCGAAUGAUUAAUUACCAUGGAAACGGAAUAUUCUGAAUGUUUCAGUAACCGGAAUAUUAGCAGUAACCCGAAUUUUGACUGCAUGUAAUAUAACCGCAUUUUGUAAUAAACGUCCAAAAUGUAAUAACUUU